AUGAAGGCUCCUCUAACCCGACAGUCCGUCGAACAACACAAUACCGAAGAAGACCUCUGGGUCAUCGUCGAUCACAAAGUCUACGACCUUUCUGACUUCGUCGAUGCCCAUCCGGGCGGCGAAGUAGUCCUUCGACAAGUCGCGGGUCAAGACGCCACCCAAGCCUUUUACAACUUACAUCGCCAUGAAGUGCUGCAGCAGUACGCCAAGCUAUGUAUCGGCACGCUGGAGAACGAAGAGCCGGAGGUCGUUGAUCCUCAGCCUGGCGAUCUGAGCAAAGUCCCUUAUGGAGAGCCCUUGUGGUUGAGACCGCAAUUCCAUAGUCCAUACUUCAACGAUUCGCAUCGACGGCUACAAAAAGCCGUCAGGGUGUUCGUGGAUACGUACGUCAAGCCUGAGGCCGAGCAGAAAGAGAAGGAUGGAACGUUCAUCUCCCAGGAGUUGAUAGAUCGGAUGGCGAAGGAGCAUCUAUUGGCUGCGAGACUCGGGCCAGGCAAACAUCUGCACGGGAAGAAGAUUUUGGGUGUGCUGGAUGGAGAGGAGUUUGAUUAUUUCCAUGAUAUGAUUGUCUGCCAGGAGUUCGUGCGGCCGAGUCAACGUGGGUUCCAGGAUGGGAAUAUGGCGGGCAUGAUGAUCUCGCUUACUGCGUUGAGGCAGUGGGCCAACGAUGACGAGCUCAAGGAGCGCAUAUCCAGGGAAGUGCUUUCGGGACAGAAGAAGAUGAGUCUCGCCAUUACCGAGGCGUUCGCUGGUUCCGAUGUAGCGGGUAUCCGUACUACUGCGGAGCUCAGCGAAGACGGACAGCACUACAUCAUCAAUGGCACGAAGAAGUGGAUCACGAAUGGAAUGUUCAGUGACUAUUUUGUCGUUGGAUGCAAGACGAAGAAAGGCUUCUCUGUCAUCUUGGUCCCGAGGGGUGAGGGUGUCGAGACGAAGUUAAUCAAGACGAGGUAUUCGACUGCGGCUGCGACGACGUAUAUUGAGUUCAAUGACGUGGAAGUGCCGAGGAAUCAUUUGAUGGGGAAGGAGGAUCAGGGCUUCGUCGUGAUAAUGUCAAACUUCAACCACGAACGCUGGAUGAUGGCCGCAGCCGUCACCCGCACCAUGCGCACCGUCACCGAAGAAUGCCUCAAAUGGUCCCACCAACGCAUCGUCUUCGGCAAACCCCUCGUCUCUCAACCUGUUAUUCGCCAACAACUCGCUCGCCUGAUCUCCAUCUCCGAAGCUACACAAGCCUGGCUCGAAAGUAUCACGCACCAAAUGAACCAUAUGACGUACCAACAGCAAUCUCAGCACCUCUCGGGACCAAUAGGGUUACUGAAGGCAUUUUGUACGAGAUCCGCGCAUGAGGUGGCUGAUCUGAGCACGAAUAUCUUCGGCGGACGGGGUCUGACCCAGGGUGGGAUGGGCAAGGUGGUGGAGAUGUUUCAUAGGGGGUAUAAGUAUGAUGCCAUCUUGGGGGGUACGGAAGAGAUCUUGAUGGACCUGGGAGUCAGGCAGGCCAUGAAGUUCAUGCCGAAGGCUAUGCUGUAA